AUGCUAAUUGUAGAGGAGGAGAAGAGCGUCAUUUGGGGGCCCCAAGGAGGGGCCCCCAAAUCGCAGCUUCAGCUUGAGACCCUGCUGAGGUGUAUGUACACCCUACCCAAGGCAGCAGCAGCAGCAGCAACGACAAAAGCAGCAGCUGCAGUCUUGUCUCCCUUCUCUAGGAGAGACAAUCCACAGCGCAGCGCUGCAGCAGCAGAGUGUCCCCCUGCAGCCUCACAAGAUUUGAUAGGCUUCAGCAGCACGCAGCAGCAGCAGCAGCAGCAGCGGCAACAGUCCCACGCAUUGUUAGUAGACGGGCAGCCCGAAAAGAAGCAGCCUUUUUUCGCGCUGCAGCAGCAGCAGCAGCAAAGAUCGAAGAAUAAACUGUCUCCUUCCGGCACCGUAGAUAAACAGCCUGCUGCUGCUGCUACUGCAGCAGCAGAAGUGAAGGAAGUGCUGCGCAAAGUCGCGGAGACGCUGCAGCAGGUGCAGCAGCAGCAGCAGCAGCAAGGAGAUGGGUCUCCGAAAGAAUCUGCUGCAGCAGGGGGUGUGGGGGAGUCUUUCCCUGGGGCUUUGUCUGCACUUUCGGUGCAACUUAGCGGUGCAAUGACUGAUUUAGAGGGGGGUUUGAAAAGGCUGCUGAAUGCAGCAGAUGCAACAGCAGCAAAUGCGGCAGCAGCAAAUGCAGCAGCAGCAAAUGCACCAGCAGCAAAUGUAACAGCAGCAAAUGCAACAGCAGGUGCAGCAGCAAAUGCUUCAACAGGUCCAGCACAAGAAUGGCGAGACAGGGCCUCACCAGGCCCAUCCGCACCAACAGCAGCAGCAGCAGCAGCGGCGGCAGCAGCAGCAGCAGCAGCAGCAGCAGCAGCAGGGCCCUCAGUUGCAGCAGCAGCAGCAGCAACAACAACAGCAGCAGCAACUGCUGCUGCUUUACGCUCAGAUCAAUCUUCCCCUCGUAAUGCAGAGUUGACGGUGGAGCAUCAGUUUGGCCCAACUACAGAAGAAGCGCGACGAAUGGCGCAGCAUUUGUUGAAUCGUUUGAUGCCUCACGACCCCACAUAUCACAUUUUGCUGGAGAAGGCGCAGUCUGGGAAUCCGUGUUCAGGGCAGAUAGCAGCGGGUUUAGAUGUCUCCGCUGUCUCCUCGCUGCGCUCUUUGCUGCUUGAAAAUGAAAUACUGACGAACUUUCGUCUGACGGGGCUCGGAGACCUUAGGAGGGUUGCUAUGUUAGGCAGAGAGAACGAGCUUGCAGCUCAGCGUGUUGUUCGCUUGCUGCUAGCGGAGCCCUGGCUGUUCUAUAAAGAUUAUAAUGCGGUGAUGUCGGUGCUGAUGGUAGUACCUCAGAACUGUGGAGGUGGAGCACCUUGUUUGAGUUCUGCAUGCGUUGGGGCUGCAUGCGUUGGGGCUGCAUGCGUUGGCGGUGCAUGCGGAGACGAUGCUGCUGUCUCCGUUGGUUCGUCUGCUCUCAUCAACACCACCUGCACCGACUCUGCAGUAGCAGGAGCAGCAGCAGCAAACAAAGGGGCUGUGGUGUGCAGCGAAAGAAGGAACAGCGGAGACAGCAAAACAGCAGCAGCAGCAGAAAGCGGAUCGUCUCUGUCUGCUGCUGCAUUACGAGGUGUCUCCUCUAUGCGCUUUUGCUUUGAACCUGGGGGCCCUCUUGCUGCAUGCGCAAUUAAAGGGUCUCCUAAUAUGCAACAGCAGGAUAGAGAUGUGCAGCUAUUAAUUGAGUUAUCGGCAGAGGGCUUGGGGCUGGAUAUCCGAAGCUUCCCGCAGCAGAUAGUACAGCUUAUAUCUGCUGAUGAUGCUGAUAGAGACACUGCAGCAGCAGCAGCAGCAGCAGCAGGCUCCUCUUACUUCCCUCAAGAAGACUUCACCCCACAUGACUCCAUCAUACUUAACUCAUCAACCGCAGACAUGCCGUUUCCUACGCGCAAGUACUUGGAUGUAAGCAGAGUAAUACUGCAGGGCACGUGCAGACGUGUAGUGUCUCCUGCAGGAGCAUCGACGCUGCUGAAGACACGCGAGUUUGGUGUUAGGGUGUCUCCUCACCAGAGGAGACAGGCAGAGAUGCAGCUACCAGAGAGCCGCAUAUUAGUUCAUAUUGAAAUUCGUGGGGUACAGCAGCCGCAGCAGCAGCAGCAGCAGCAGCAGCAGGUUGGGGGUGGGGAGACAGGCCAGGUAUCUUCUGCUGCUGCUGCAGCAGCAGCAGCAGCAGCAGCAGGAGCGCGUUAUCCGCCUUCUUACUUUACUAGUGAAUUCUUUCUAAGCGAGCAUAAGGAGACAGAACCCUUUACUGCAGCAGAUGCAGCAAUGCUUGUCUCUCAGCGAAUUAGCGAUCAGCAUCGACAUGUGUGGGGUGCAGCAAAGGUGGUGCUCUGGGAGGCGGAGGAGACAGUGCUAGAGGGAAACGCCAAAGUAAGACAAACUGUCUCCUUCUGCUGCUGCUAA